UUGGUGCUGUUUCGUCUUUAUCGAUAGACUGCCAAGCUGCCAAAUUAAUAAUUUUUAACAAUUAUUUGGCAAACGGAGCGCCGUAGCUGAUGUUGGGCUAUCUACAGGGACUGAAAGGCAGCGGCUCGGGAUCGGAGCAGCUGCCAAGCGACAUUUACAGUGAGAUCUUCGCAGAUGUCCUUGUGGCGGCCAAGGAAAACGGAUGUAAGACCAAUGGGCAGGAAAAGCCGGAAGGUUUUUCCAUGCUACGGAGUUUCGAUUCGGAGGCCAGUAAUCAAUUGGAGCCGCCGGCGGCCACGGACGCAGAUGUCUGGAUCUUUGGUUACGGCUCAUUGGUGUGGAAGGCCGAUUUUCCCUAUAUAAACCGUCGGCGCGGCUUUGUUUGGGGCUACAAGCGUCGCUUUUACCAGCACAGCAUCGAUCACCGUGGGAUUCCCGAGCGUCCUGGUCGCGUGGUCACUCUGCUGCCGGGUGAUCCCGGCCAGGACCGCGUCUACGGCGUGGCAUAUCGCAUUGCUGCGAACCAGAAGGGAGCCGUGCUGGAUCAUCUGGAUUACCGAGAAAAGAAUGGCUACGAAAGGUGCAGCUUGGAGUUCCAUGGAUACCCAAAUACCACCGCUAGCGGCGAAGAGCCCAUCCAGGUGAUCAUGUACGUGGCCACACAAGCGAACGACUCCUAUGCCGGGGAUGUGUGGCAAGUGCCCUGCAUUGCUAAGCAAAUCUUCAGCUCGGCGGGGCCCAGUGGCCCUAAUCGCGAGUACCUGUUCAACCUGGCCGCCGCCAUGGAGCAUCUCUUUCCCGGUGCCGUGGACGAGCACCUGGAGGAGCUAGUGGCCUGCGUAAAGCGUCACAUUGCCGAAGAUGAGCCGAAUUUAAUGCGGCACGCCCUUUUGCAGGAAAUAUCCGGGAUUCUCCAGGAGAAACAGUUGCCGGAGCAGGCUAAGCGGCUAGAGAAGCUUCUGGAGCGAUGCCAACAGCCCGGCGGACGCGAGUGGCUGCUACACGGGGCUCUGCAGUCCAGGAGCGAGGCGUGACCCCCACCUUUUCCACUAGAAUAUGACUAUUUAUUGUAAUACCAUUGAGCAUGGGUGUUUUUGAAGGCGCACCAUUCCAACUAGAACGAUUAUUAUGACGUGUUACUGAGAUUCCUGAUCAAUGGUCAUAAGAAUCACAAUUGCAAUUGUGAUCCAAAAUCACAAGCCCAUGAGAAUGACUUUAAUAAAAAUAUUAAAUAUAAAAAAAAUUAUAAUAACCAUUUUAUAAUAAAGUACA